CCAAAACAAUCCGCCUCAAUUGACAGCAAGCUUGUCGUCUCCGGUAUCCUACAGAGGCAUUGCUGACCCACCACACCUCAUGAUGUUCGACUACACCAACUUUGAUCACGUCUUUGGGGCGGAGCAGUUCCCUUACGAUCGCAAGUCCAUUCAGGAAAUCGACACCUACCGCAAGAGCCUCGAUGGCGCCCUCUUCAUCGACCGGGUUCUGAAAGCCUUGGGUCUCACCAAGUCCAAGACAUAUCCUCCCAAAACCGAGAACGCUCUGCGCACACUACACCAGCAAUUAUGCGAAGCCACCAUGUCAACCCACCACCGACUCUCCAUCUUCUACUACAUCCUCCUCGACUUUGACACCAGCCAGACUAGAUCCCAAGCAUCAUCAAAGUUCGCCGUCACGUCCGGUGUUCCCAAGAACUAUCAGAUCUUCAUGAAGGGUCUCUGGCUUCUGGAUCAUCAACAAUUCGAGAACGCACUCGAGUACAUUGCGCACCCUUCCCUAACUACCGAUUUCGCCGACGAGAUUAUGACAGCGCUUGUGCGCAAUGCCCCCGACGGCGACUACACCCUGCCUCUCUCAUACUUCCACACCGUCCAGCCAAUUCUCAAGACAUCCGAGGCUCUCGAGCUUCUCUUCGACGCCACGUCACGAACUAGCGUCACCGAAGCUCUCUACUUCUCCAGAACCCACGCCGAUGCUGUCAGGGCACAGCUGUUCCGCCAGCUUAUCUCCAACGUGAUUGGCGCUCCUGCGAACGAAGAGACAGCCGCACGGUCUACCGAGCUCAUUGGAUUGCCCUUCGAUGCCGCGGAGGAGGCCUGGUUCGAAGACUUCCUCUCUCGUGAAGACGGAAAGAAGCUCAAGAGAGCGCGAGACACGCUCCUCGUGAGAAAGCUGGUGACAGGCCGGUUAAGCGAGGCUGUACAGGACAAGAACCAUGGAGGUGGCUGGGGAGUGGUGCUGGAAGGUGUUAAGAGCGGCCUGGACGGCCGAGCCGAGUGAUUGCUCUUCUACCUUCUAAGGAUAUUGAUGGGUGUUCAUCCCAUGGCGGGGAUAAGUGAUUGAUUUCAGCAUAGCGUUGGCGUUCGGGCACUGCCCUCAGAUUAUACCUGGAAUUUCGAGUGAGACCGGAAAAAACAAGAAUGGUCUUCAUCAAGUUCACGGUUCAAAACCUC